CUCCAGGCCCCGCCCCCAGGCGCUGCCUCGUGUCGGGUCUCUCGGAGGAGCAGUUGCGGCUCCCCCCGGGGUCUGUGCUGGGGGGGCCCAUCAGUGACCCCCCCGUGCCCGGCCGGGGGGGGCUUUCUCCAGCUGGGACCAGCCCCAGGCUCUGCCCGCCCCCGCCCCGGCUGCAGAACGACGCUCACGUUUCGUUCCGGUUCAUCCCGUCCUCCCAUGGGACAGGGGAGCGACAUGGCCGCAGAGGAGCCAGCUGAGGGGCCGGUGACCUUCGAGGAGGUGGCUGUGUAUUUCACCAGGGAAGAGGGGGCUCUGCUGGACCCCGCUCAGAGAGUCCUCUGCAGAGACGUCAUGCAGGAGACCUAUGAGAAUGUGACCUCGCUGGGGUUUCCAGUUUCCAAAUCUGAUGUGAUCUCGCAGCUGGAACGAGGGGAGGAGCUGUGGGUCCCAGACCUUCAUGGCUCUGAGAAAAAAGUCCUCCCGAGAGCUGCCUGCACAGGCAGAGACUUACGUCUGGAUUCUCUCUGUCUCCCAUCAGAUGUUGGGAUGGUGAGUGAAAACGAGGAGGAACCCCAGCAGGAAGAUGCUGAGCGAGUAGAAGCACAUGGGAUGUUCUCAGGAAGGUCCAAAGGGAAUGAUUCUGGGAGCUGUGCACGCCCAGAAAAAACAAAAGCCUGUGAGAGUCAGCAGAGGGCAGAGGAAAACUUCAGUAGCCAGUCAGACCUUAUUACACGUGAGAGAAUGAACUUGGAAGGAACACGCUACACAUGCCUCGAGUGUGGGGAAAGCUUCAAAGGGAGCUCUGACCUUCUCACACAUCAGAGAAUCCACACGGGUGAGAAACCUUACGCAUGCAGUGUGUGUGGGAAAUGUUUCAAGCGGAGCUCACACCUCAUUGCACAUAAGAGAAUCCACAUAGAUGAGAAACCUUAUGGUUGCCCUGAGUGUGGGAAACACUUCAAGCAGAGCUCAUACCUUAUUCCACAUCGGAAAAUCCACACGGGUGAUAAACCUUAUGGAUGCCGUGAGUGUGGGAAGCACUUCAUUCAUAGUACAUCCCUCAUCUCACGUCAGAGAAUCCACACAGAAGAGAGGCCCUACACAUGCUCUGAGUGUGGGAAAAGCUUCAAUCGGAGCUCAAACCUGAUCACACAUCAGCGAAUCCACACGGGAGACGCACCCUACACAUGCUCUGAGUGUGGGGAACGCUUCCGUUAUAGCUCAGCCCUUACCACACAUCAGAGAAUCCACACCGGUGAGAGACCCUACAUAUGCUCUGAGUGCGGGAAAAGCUUCAAUGAGAGCUCUACCCUAAUCACACAUCAGAGAACGCACACAGGAGAGACCCCCUACAUGUGCUCUGAGUGUGGGAAAAGCUUUAAUCGGAGCUCUGUACUGACCACACAUAGAAGAAUCCACACGGGUGAGAAACCUUAUGGGUGCUCUGAGUGUGGGAAACGCUUCAAUCGGAGCUCAUACCUUAUCAUACAUCGGAGAAUCCAUACGGGUGAGAAACCUUAUGGAUGCCGUGAGUGUGGGAAACACUUCAAUCAAAGCUCAGCCCUUAUGACACAUCAGCGAAUCCACACAGGAGAGAGGCCCUACACAUGCUCUGAGUGUGGGAAAAGCUUCAAUCAGAACUCAACCCUUAUUAGACAUCAGAAAAUCCACAUGGGAGUGAUCUGUAACAAAUGCCUUGACUAGGGCUGGCCAAAGGUGGUUUUUUUUUUUUUUAAAUCACAUUUGCUAAUUGCCACUCAGUGAUCUGUGCCCCAUCUUCACCGUGGUUACUCAACUCCCCCAGAUGAGUUGCCUGCUCCUGCCUUUUGCAUCUCCCCCUUCUUUGGGGUCAGUCCUGUGAUCUUUUCUAUCAACUCCUUUCCUUUUGAGUCGAAGGAGCGUGUGUCCCUCCAGCCAGGAAUGUUCAUCAGCUCCAGGUGGGGGAGAGAGGUUUGUUCCCAACAAGCUACACUGAGGCAAAAACUAGCCGUGCCCUACAUCCACUAGGACUGCACAUGGCGUUGGCUGCUGAAGUCAGUGAUCUUGGUGUUAAAAGACAAUUACAGUUGUUGUGCAGAUGCAGCCAAGGUGCAGUGGUUGGCAUUAGCUUUCCCCUUGACCUGACCUAAGCUCCAUCACUUUUCCUAGUCUUAACAAACCCUGAGCAGCACGGUUAUACUGUUCCCCCAUUUCAUUUGCCUCCCAGAGCAGUUGUGGCCCCUGCCCUGCAGGAGGUUGCUCCUGAAGAUCUCCCCUUCCUAAUCAGGUGCAUGUUGCCUAUUAUUUGGGAAAUGCAAUCCCUUUCUAGGUAGAGAUGGGAGAAAUGGAAGUGACAUUUCUGUUCAGCUCACUCCUGGGAGAUGCUGUAAAUGUGUAGGAAAUGAAAUCCAUGGGGAAUGUGAUGGAGCUGCAGAAAGACACCUAGUUUGAGUAGAUACCUGACAUUUGGUGUCUUACAGGGUUUCUAAGCCGCACCUGAAUUUAGUCCCUUAUUUAAAUCUGUGCCACCAGAUUAAAGAAACAAAAGGGCAUAUUUGGGGGAGUUAUACCUCACUAUCGCUACUGGUAUGUUGUGUGGUUGGCGAAGAAUUCUAAGCCAGAGAAGUGUAAAAUUGCUACAACUCAGGUCAAAGAUUU